AUGGUUUCAUCAUUCGUUGUACUUGCCUCUGUUCUCCCAUUGGCUGCUGCCUGGGGUCUCGAUGGUCACGGGGUUGUCGCUACAAUUGCUGGUUUCCGCUUGACCCCCGAGGCGAGAGAGGCCCACGAUGCUAUCAUGGGAAAGGGUGUACGACUGGCUGAUUAUGCUAGCUGGCCUGACUAUGCUGCCUUUGAAGGCCCUGAGGAGGUGACUUCGGUUUGGGGUUGGUCUGGUGCUAUUCACCAUGCUGAUACUCAAGGUUGUCACUUUAUAUACUCUCGUGACUGCAAGGACGACAUGUGUGUUGCUGGAGGUCUGAAGAAUUACACUCAGAGAGUUGUCGACGAGUCUCUCCCCCUCUCCGAGAGGCAAACUGCCAUGAAGUUUGUCGUUCAUCUCAUGGCUGACAUUCAUCAACCACUUCAUGGUGGUAACCUUUCUGAUUCUACUGGUAUCUAUACAAAUGUGCAGAUCGAGUUCGCUAACUUCGUGACUACUAAUCUCCAUUUUGUUUGGGAUUUCAGUUUACUGGAUCAGUGGGAGAUGGAUCGUUAUGCUGGUGAUUAUAUUAUGCAACGUGAAGAUGUUCCUCAGCGUGAUAGAACUCGUUUUUGGAGUACACUAGUUGCGAGUAUUGGUGAGAAGCUGCAGAAGGGUGGUGAAUAUGCAGAUCAAGUCGACUCAUGGUUGGCCGAUUGCGAGCACGACUUUGACCAGUGUUUGAAUGACAUGGUUGAUACGGAUGCUCAGCUUUCUUGUCAGUUGGCCUACACUAAUGUGGACGGCACUCCUGUCGUCAACGGUUCUGUGCUUCCUCGUGAAUAUUACGAUACUCGUAUUGCCACUGUCGAAGAACAAAUUGCUAAAGGAGGUGUUCGUCUUGCUUGGUUGUUGAAUACCAUCUUGCCUGCCAGCCCCUCUACCACCACCAUGCGCCCUACAGAGGUUACCACCACUACGAUUGCCCCUGGGUAUUGUUCCAAGGCUGAUGAGAUGUGUGCCAGCAAGACUCCUGGUUCCUAUUGCAAGUACUGGUUGGACAUUCCAACUUGCUUCGGCAGCAAUGAGCCCUGCUCGUGUUAA